UUUAAAAUAGUAAAAACCUCACGAAUGUGCUCUGUUUGAAAUUCAUAUUACGUAAUAUUUAUCAUCAUGUAACCUUAAUGUUUGCUGUGUAAAAGUGUGGAGCAAGCUACUGGACUGUAUCCACGUGUUGAACCUGCAGGACAAUCACUGUCAUACUGUCGGAGAAGUGAGUUCAUGGAGGACUUUGUUGAUGCUGAGGUGCUUUAGCAGAAAGCAUGAGUGGUCAAAGUCCUGCUCCCUCUGCCAGUAAUGGCAUUACUCCACUCCAACAGAUGGUGGCGUCCUGCUCUGGAGCCAUCCUCACAUCUUUAUUAGUCACACCUUUGGACGUUGUGAAGAUCAGACUGCAAGCACAGAAAAAUCCCUUCCCCAAAGGGAAAUGCUUUGUCUACUGCAAUGGACUCAUGGACCAUUUAUGUGUGUGUGAAAACGGCAACUCCAAGGCCUGGUACAAAGCUUCUGGACACUUCAAUGGCACACUGGACGCCUUCGUCAAGAUCAUACGUGGUGAAGGAAUAAAGGCAUUAUGGAGCGGUCUACCUCCAACCCUUGUGAUGGCAGUCCCGGCGACAGUGGUCUACUUCACAUGCUACGACCAGCUGUGUGCAGCGCUGAGGGUCAGGAUGGGAGACUACGCUCAGGAGGCUCCUCUUGUGGCCGGAGCUGUCGCUAGAGUGGGUUCAGCGACAGUCAUCAGUCCUCUGGAGCUGAUCCGUACGAAACUGCAGGCUCAGAAACAGUCGUACAGGGAGCUGACUAACUGCAUCCACUCAGCAGUGCAGUCAGAAGGCUGGCUGUCUCUUUGGCGGGGUUUGGGGCCCACACUCCUUCGAGACGUGCCGUUCUCAGCCAUGUAUUGGUACAACUACGAGAAGGGCAAGAGCUGGCUGUGUGAACGGUACAACACCAGAGAGCCCACGUUUUCCAUUACCUUCAUAUCUGGAGCUGUGUCUGGCUCUAUUGCAGCAGUUGUAACGUUACCUUUUGAUGUUGUGAAAACGAGAAGGCAGAUGGAGCUGGGAGAGCUACAAGCAAAGAAUUUGUCUUGUCAGGUCUCCAGCUCCACCUUCAGCGUGAUGACUAGGAUCGUGGCACAGGACGGCUUUGGUGGACUGUUUGCAGGUUUCCUCCCCAGGCUGAUCAAAGUGGCCCCGGCCUGUGCCAUCAUGAUCAGCACUUACGAGUUCGGAAAAGCCUUUUUUCGCAAACACAACCAGGAGAGGAUACUCAGGCCGAUGCAGACCGGCAACACCUGAGUUUUUCUGUCAUUUCUCUCCAAACCAAACACCACCAUGACUACUGCUAGACUAUACAUGGAAGGAAAAGGCUCAUGUUGCCAAAUUAAAAACACAAUAAGUAGUGGAAG